CACCAGUUUCCAAUUCACCACGUCUGUUAUGUGAUUGCUUCUGUCUCCACGUAAACGGAUAAACCCUCACCGCCACGUCACCUUCUGCUGCAACCCACAGAUACCAAAAAAAAAAGGAAAACAAAUGAGAGAGAGAAACAAACGCAGCAGUGUCUUCCUCCAUUAGCUUCACUCUUAUUUUUCUGCUAUUUCACUUGAUUUUCCUGCGGCCAAUCGCUAGAUUUUCCCUUUCAAUUCCUCACCAUUUUUACAUGUUUACGGCAGUUAAGUUGCAGCAUCACAACUUCAUAUCUUCAAGAUCUUUGAAUCCAUGCCUUUCUCAAAAUUCAAUUGGACCACACGUUUCCUGCAAAAGAAUGGGACACUUGGAUUACAUAUUGAGCACUUGGGGUAAUUCACAGAAAAGAUGCCUUAUGAGGCUUGCUUUUCUGGGGAAUGACUACCACAGAUUUGAUCAUCGAUUUUCUGUAUAUAGGAAUACAAAUGUGACCUAUUGUAAAUCUAGAAGGGCAGGGCACCUUUUUCGCUUCGCAACCGCAGAUGAUGGUGUAACUGUUAAUGGAAGUCCCUCAGCAAGUACCAGUUCUAAUGUAGAGGAACUGAGAGUCAAACUCAAUCAGUCACUGCAAAGUGAAGAUUAUGGUGAUAGACUUGUUCAAUCUUUACAUGAUGCAGCUAGGGUUUUUGAGCUGGCGAUUAAAGGACAGGGUUUACUUUCAAAAUUAUCCUGGUUUUCAACAGGUUGGCUUGGUGUAGACAGGAAUGCAUGGGUGAAAACACUGUCUUACCAGGCUUCUGUGUAUUCUCUACUGCAAGCGGCGUGUGAGAUUUCAACCCGGGGUGAAGGAAGAGAUAGGGACGUAAACAUGUUUGUCAAAAAGAGUUUAUUGCGACAAUCUGCUCCCUUGGAGAGCUUGAUGAGGGAAAAGCUUUCUUUGAAGCAUCCUGAGGCUUAUGAAUGGUUUUGGUCUGAGCAAGUCCCAUCAGUGGUGGCAUCAUUUGUUAAUUAUUUUGAAGGAGACCCACGCUUUACUUCUGCUACUGCUGUGUUGAGUAAAGGCAUGUCCUUGGAUUCGGGCAGUGGAAGUGAUGUUGCACUCCUCUUGCUUGCACUGAGUUGUAUUGCUGCAAUCACAAAACUUGGUGCCACAAAGGUUUCUUGCCCACAAUUCUUUUCAAUGAUCUCAGAUAUAACUGGCAAAUUGAUGGACAUGCUUGUUGAUCUCGUUCCCAUACGCCAAGCUUAUCAUUAUAUAAGGGAUAUUGGCCUACACAGAGAAUUUCUUGUCCAUUUUGGUCCCCGAGCUGCUGCAUGCAGAGUGAAGAAUGAUUGUAGUUCAGAAGAGGUCAUUUUCUGGGUUAAUCUUAUAGAGAAGCAGCUGCAACAAGCUAUAGAUAGGGAGAGAAUAUGGUCAAGACUAACAACAUCUGAAAGCAUUGAGGUUUUGGAGAAGGAUUUGGCUAUUUUUGGAUUCUUUAUUGCAUUAGGAAGAACUUCACGGUCCUUUCUUUCUGCAAAUGGAUUUGAUGUCAUAGAUGACCCUAUUGAAGGCUUCAUUAGGUACCUUAUUGGGGGUAGUGUGCUGUACUAUCCUCAGCUUUCAUCUAUAAGUUCAUACCAAUUGUAUGUAGAGGUAGUUUGUGAAGAGCUGGACUGGCUUCCUUUCUAUCCAGGAAAUUUUAGCAAUCCAAAACCGGUGCAUGGCCAUGGAAAAAAGCGACAAGGUCCUCCGAAUGCUGAAGCUAUCCCUCAUGUAUUAGAUGUCUGCUCUUAUUGGAUGCAGAGCUUUAUUAAAUACAGCAAAUGGCUGGAGAACCCUUCCCAUGUUAAGGCAGCGCGGUUCUUGUCCAGGGGGCACAACAAAUUAAUGGAGUGCGUGGAAGAAAUGGGGAUAGCACGGAAAAUGACAGAAAGCAAUAACAAUGUUGCUGAUAGAACAGGAUCUGGAAUUUUUUCACCAAUAGCCAAAGAGAUGGAUUCUUUUGACAAGGCAUUGGAGAGUGUUGAAGAAUCUAUGAUAAGACUAGAAAAGUUACUUCAGGAGCUGCAUGUAUCAAGCGCUAAUUCUGGAAAAGAGCAAUUAAAAGCUGCUUGUUCUGAUCUUGAGAAAAUAAGGAAACUUAAGAAAGAGGCUGAAUUUCUGGAGGCAUCUUUCAGAGCAAAAGCUGCUUCCCUUCAGGGUGAUGAUGAAAGUAAUUCGCCGUCUUCUGUUAGUGAGCAGCAAGCAUACUUAAAAGGGAAAAGAAGGAAUAUUGCCAAGAUGAGAUUGGAUAGGACUAACAGUAAAUCUAGAGGAGUGUGGAACUUCUUUGUGCGCUUUCAAACCAAGAAGUCUGAUCCUGACCUCACAGUGACAGAUGGAUCUGGGGAUGAACACAUUGGGCAGAAUACUUCGAAUGCAGGUGUUACAGAGUCAGAAUCAAAUGACAUCCUCCGUUUCGAACUUCUAAGGAAUGAGCUAAUUGAACUAGAAAAAAGGGUCCAAAGAAGCACUGAUCAAUCUGAAAAUGAAGAGGACUCUAAAGAGACUGAUGACACUGCUAAUUACCAUGAUGAUGCUGGAAGUGCUCAAUUGGUCCAAGUUCAAAAGAAAGAAAAUGUCAUUGCAAAAUCAUUGGACAAGUUGAAGGAAACUAGCACGGAUGUCUUGCAAGGAACUCAGCUUCUAGCUAUUGAUGUUGCUGCUGCAAUGGGGUUGCUGAGGAGAGUCUUGAUUGGAGAUGAGAUAACAGAAAAAGAAAAAAAGGUUCUCCAGAGAACACUGACAGAUUUGGCUUCAGUUGUUCCUAUUGGUAUUCUAAUGCUUCUUCCAGUUACUGCUGUUGGACAUGCAGCUAUGUUGGCAGCUAUCCAGCGCUAUGUGCCAGCUUUGAUCCCUUCCACUUAUGGACCAGAAAGGUUGGAGCUCUUGAGGCAGCUUGAGAAAGUGAGAGAAAUGGAAACCAGUGAAGCUGAUGCCAAUGAGAAUGAAAAGGAAUUAGCCUAGUUAGAGGCAGCCAAACAAUAUUACAGAACUUGCAAUGCAAGCAACCAAGAAAUUGUCCAUUUUGCUUUUCUGUCCAGGUAAUAUCACUUGGUUUUGAAUCCCAUUGACAGUAAAUGAGCAUAUAGAAUUUCAUUCCAUACAUCUGGUAUACCCGGCAAGCACCAGUGGCUGCAGUCUUGGGGAGCAGGAACUGGAGUGCCUAGCUCGCGGUGGACUGAAGGGUGACCAUCAAACCUGAACUGUGUCAGAUGUGUGAUGUUUAAAUACUUUGCUAUUUCUGUAUUCCAAUUCCAUUUGUUUAAAUAUAUCAGAAAUAAAUUGAUUAUUCACUGGCUCAGGUUCCAGAUUCGUAUA